GACGAUGCGCACUUCCAUCCUCGCCCUCAUGCUCGGCAGCGCCGCGGCCCUCGUGCCGACGCUCCCCAUGACGUCCCGCCGCGCGGCGAAGACGGAGCUGAACAUGGUGUUCGGUAAGACGCGCGCGUCGCAGAAGUCGUACGUGCCGGCCGUCGGCCAGGAUCAGCUCAAGCCCGGCUCCGCCGUGUCCUCGAUCUGCGCGGGCCUCGACAUCUGCAUCGCCGUCGACACGGACGGGUCCGUGUACGCUUUGGGAAACAAGUCGCCGGUUCUCGGCACGCCCAUGGCCGCGGGCAGCGUCGCCAACGGCCUCAUCCGCGACCCCCUCACGGGCUCGUCCUUCGACGUCAAGACCGGCGAGCUCGUCGGCCCCUGGUGCCCCAACUUCCCCUUCAGCAUCCUCUUCAGCAUCAUCGAGCCGACGACGCUCCCCGUCUUCAAAUGCAAGACCGGCGGCGGCGCCGUCUCCGUCGAGGUCGACGUCAACGCGAAGACCAACUUCGAGUCGGGCUACUGGAAGGGCAUCCUCGACGCCCAGGGCAAGACCGACGGCGGCUACUACUGAGCGCGAUGCGACGGCGAAGGCGCGCGCCCGUGGCGCCGGCGUCCACGGCCGCGCGGACCCACACCACCAGGUGGCUCGCGUAAGCACCUCCCUCUA